CCUUCUGCAGGACAGGGAGGAAAGAGGAGUCAGGAGACAGCAGAGAAGGAGCUCAGGGAGGUGGGGUGAGCAGGGGGCACCAAGCAGAGUGGUAGGGUUGGGUGCUGGAGGUGUCACCCCUGUGUCACGGUUUCUGAUGCCAGAGAUACCACACCCAGUCUUCAUCUUCAGGCCACCAAGGAUGGGGCUGGCAGUUGUGAAACCCUAACCUGUCUGAUAAGUGCCACAUGAUCCAAAGACAGCUCACACAGAGGGGAUUGCUCCAUAAUUUUGUUCUUUGUGGGGACAGCACAGCCACAGUCAUCUGUUUGUGCUGAGUUUCUCUGCAUAUACUGGUGGUACUACUCUUUGUGUCUGUUCUGGACAGCUGAACAAAGUCUCUGUGUAUGUAGAGAAGCUGCUGCUUUCUCCCUGGUGCUCCAAAAUUUAAGUGUGAGCAAAUGUACCUGCCCAGUCCGAGCAACUGGAAAUCACAUGGACUUCAGUGGGACCAGGUGCCCAGCAGCCCUGGGACAGCCACUUCUGCUGAAACCCAGGCAUGAGCAACUCAGGCCACCACAGUUCUGGGUUGUGGUGUGUUCUCUUCUGUGGUGGCAUUUCAAGACUUGGUUUGGAAAUACAGGAUGUGUGUUUUGUAAUGGACAGCCUUUUACCUGUUUUACAUUGGUGUUUAUGACUGUGCUUUCCAGGUCUGCCAUCUUCAGCUCUCAGCCUUUAAAAGAAAAUAUAAAAUUAAACUGAAAGAUUAUAAUGUAGACAAUCUAUAGUCAUUCUUGAGAGGGGGGAGAGUGGAAAGGAGACAGGAAACACCCUACACACUAAGUACAGCAGCCCAAAUGAACCUGUUUCUGUUGACAGCCACUUUGCUCCGAGAAAAACUAUUCUAAUAGUUCCAACUAAAUGUGAUGGAAAAAUGGCUUUUCAAACACAGAUCACUUCUUUAUUUUUACUUUAUUCCACUCUGUGUGGAACUGCUGAAAGCUGUUGUGGAUCUCUUUUCCAAGCAAAAUAAGGCUGUCUUUAAAAGCCACAGUAGGUUAGAUCUUACAGGUAGGUUUCUAGUUCACAACCUUGUCUUUUUUGCCCCUUUAGCUUGAAUGGUGAAUUUGUAUCUACAAAUGAAGGAGUUCACUGCAUCAACAGCUCAACUGCAGCUGUAAAAGUCCAGAGUCACCGCAGAUUAGCCAUGGCAGUGGCAGCCAGGAAAGGCAGGACUACAGCCUCCCCACACACCAGCAUCACCACCACGGCUUGGCCGGGCUCCCUGGACAGCUGGCUUAGCUGGAUCCCGUUACCCAAAUGGGCACUCAUCACUGUGGCUGUGGCAGGGGCCAUCCUCCUCCUUCUCUUCCUCAUCUGCAUCAUCAAGUGCUGCUGCACCAAGAGGAAGCCCAAGAAGAAGGAGAGAAUUGGCUUGUGCGCCGUCAGCAACCCCACCACGAUCAACCUUGUCCAGCCUGAGAUGGAGGACCUGGAGCGGGAAGUAGAGCAGAAGCGGCGAGGAAAGCUGCAGUACUCCCUGGAGUACAACUUCCGCAUGCAGGAGCUGAAGGUGGGCGUGAAGCGGGCAGUUGAGCUGAAGGCCAUGGACAGCGGAGGCACAUCUGAUCCAUAUGUGAUUGUCUACCUAACGUCCGACAGGAGGAAGAGAUACGAGACCAAGGUUUACCGCAAAACCCUGAACCCCAUCUUCAACGAGAGCUUCACUUUCCAGGUACCCCAGGCUGAGGUGUCUGAAUCCACACUGGUGAUGCAGGUCUAUGACUUCAACCGCUUUUCCAAGCACGACAUCAUUGGUGAGGUCCAGCUGCCCCUGGCCAGUGUCGACCUGCAGCAUGUCAUUGAGCAGUGGAGUGACCUGGCGGUGGCCAGUAAAGUGGAGGAAGAGCAUCUGGGUGAGAUCUGCUUCUCGCUGCGCUACGUCCCCAGCACUGGCAAGCUGACAGUGCUCAUCCUGGAAGCCAGGCAGCUGAAACGGAUGGACUCUGAUGGACUUUCAGAUCCUUUUGUCAAGGUGCAUCUCAUACUGAACAGGAAGAAAUGGAAGAAAAAAAGGACAAGUGUGAAGAAAAACACUUUAAGCCCUUACUUCAACGAGGUGUUUGUUUUUGAGGUGCCUUUCAGUCAGAUCCAGAAUGUGGACGUGGUCAUCUCCGUCUGGGAUCAUGACAAAGUGACCAAGAACGAGCCCAUUGGCAAACUCUUCCUGGGCUGCCGCGCCACAGGGAACCAGCUGCGGCACUGGUCCGACAUGCUGUCCCACCCACGCCGGCCCCUCGCCCAGUGGCACAUCCUGCAGCCCCCGGAGGUGGUGGACAAAGCCCUGGGACUCAAGUCCCACCUCAAGCUGCCCCUGCACUCCAGAUAGUGGAGGUCUCCUCCUCCACCCCAGGAGCAGGAUGGUGGGCUUGUGGAGGAGUGAGAAGGUUCUGCUCAGCAAGCUCGAGACAUGUUGGUCCCAGCUCAUUGUCAGCAAAGAGGGGACUGCGACUCCUUCUGGCCAAGAGAUGAUCUGGCUGCUGGUCAGCUCGUGCUCUGUGUUACACCUGGGACGGCAGCUCGGCAUCCCAGAGGAAGGCUGGACAUGGAGCAGAAGGUGCUAGAGGGGAUGUCAUGGGUGCAGGAGCCAGCUCAUCCCAACUGCUCAUGGGCUGGGGGUGGAAAUACACAGAGCUUCAGGCUCAUGCAAAACAGAGUCCAUUGAUAUUUAUAAAAUAGAGGGUUAACGUGCUGGUGGCAUGGGUGGGAAGUUUCUUUAGUGGUGAAUAACUUGGCAAGAAGUGUGUUCUUGGAAAGGCUUCAUGUUUCCUGUGAAGGCUUUUAAACAAGACCAAGAUACUGAAGAAUGUAAGAGGCUUGAGAGCAGGAAUACAAGUGGAUGGGGAAGGUGUUGGAGAUGUUGGACUUGCUCUUUAGUGUCUCUGCAAUGUGUGCUCUGUGUCCUGGCUAGAGGCUAAAUGAGAAGCAAUGGAGCUUCACACUUAGCCCGUUCUCAGCCCAUGAUGAUUUGUGCACACUAAGAUGUGAUUCAGCUCUGGGACUCACCAGUGGCCAUCCCCAUGCCCCACACGGGUGAAGAUGCAGUGUCAGCUCCUUUCACCUCACAUGGUCCUACAGGAAUGGCACAGCAGGGUUUGCACCUCUGGCACCUGGAGGUCCUGCCAGGGUGGAGGGGGCUGAGGCUCUUGCUUUCACACUGUGAUCAUACCACCCUGGUAAAGGCUGGCUUGCAGCCCUCACGUCACUUCAGGUUUCGUGUUUAAUCUGGGAGGUUUUUUGUGGCCACAUGUCCUGCCCCACCCUGCUUUGUGGGCCUUGGUGUUGGGGCUACGUAAGCAAAGAUCUCUCCUAGAAGGAUGAGGACAUGGAGUGGUGCUGCUACAUGCCCUUGAGUAUGCUGUAGUUUGGGGUGACUCCAGAGCAGCUUUUCUGAGCCAUCUGCAGGAGGAAGCUCCCUGCACUGGGAAUUGCUCCUGUUCUAAAAUCCUUCUGCUACAAAGCAGCCGCAGAGCACAAGAUCUGGGCUCAUGCUGUGGAAUUUUGGCCCCAAAGAAAAAAGUAUUUUUCACCACAGGGAGCUGCAGGCUCAGUGCUAAUAGCUAUUGCCUGGACUCUGGAGGGGAGAGAGCCUGGCACAUUAAUGAAAAGCUAUUAAUAUUAAAAAGCAGUUAAUCUGUGAUUACCCAGAGCUCCACAGAGUGACUACCCAAGAGUUAAACAAACAUGAAGCUGAGGAAGAUUAUGAAAAGUCUCGAUAGAGAUUAAUGACCUGAGCUUAACCAUAAAAAGCUGCUGCUGUGUCUGCCUCUUGAUGAAUAUUCUCCAGGCUUCGCUGUGGCCAUGAGGAGGGGAGAAAUGACAGGGUGGUUUUGAGAUGACUGUAACAAGUGAAGUGUGGCUUCUGCUGGGGAAACAGCAUCUGCUGGCAGCCGCUAAUGAGAUGGAGGAGGAAAUCAGUCACCUGAGAAAGACUUGUAACGGGAGGUUUUAAAGACUCAGCCUUCAGUCUCCACAUUAGAAUCAGCCUAGAACAGGCUGUGCAGAAGGGAACAUCUCUGAAUUGGGUUUGGGGUUCCAAAUCUAUUGCCAGGUUGGUUUUUGGUGAUGCUGUUGUGGUGAUUUAGGGCCAUGCAGCAUCCAGAAAUGGCAGUUCUCAUUUUUGUGUCUGUGUAUGUGUGCUUUUUCCAGUCCCCCUAUUUUGAAGUCACAGCCUUGAGGUUCACUGCAUAAUUUAUGGAGCUGGGCAUAAAAGUAUGUGCGUAUUAGUCCCAAAACAGAGACAGCCCCUCCUUGAGAAGCCUUACUUACUCCCCAUACCAGUGCCUGCCCCUUCUCUCUCCAGCUCUGGCCUUGUUCAGCGCCUGGAUCACCAGUGCAGUGCUGGGUGAGCAGAGCUGGAGAGGGAAGCCCAUGGUGCUUUUAGGGAAAGGCCGGGGAAUGUGGGAGUGAGCACCCAGCUGGGCUGGCUCUGGGCGACCUGGAGUGAGCCUUUGUGCAGUAAAUCUCAGCAAACUGAGUUGUUUGUUCAGGAGGGAGAGGCGAGCAGGUGAGGAUGUUCUCCACCCAGCUCCAGUUUUUAAUGCACCGCCAAGGCUGCUUUUUCCCUCCGUCACCAUUUCUCUUUCUCAGUAAGCCUUGUGUGCUCACAGCACGGCUUUGAGCACUCUCCUCCUCUGGCAGGAUCCUCUUAGUGUCUGCUGGCAGCUGUUUGAAGCAGGGCUGGUGGAUCUGGGCUUCAUUUCAUGCCUUAUUUCACCCCAAAUGAACGCAGCCUGCUCGGGAGCCUGUUUGCAGGGAGGCAGACAGCCCUGUCUCGUGUGCAAGCCAUCUCCUUUUCACCUCCCUGUGGCCUUGGCGGGGCUGGUUGUCCCUCAUCGAUCAAAACCAGAUGUCUGAGCAUCUUCUGCCUCACCAGUGCUCCUCCUGCACUUGGAGGGUGGAAGAUGAGACAGGAGAAGUAAAGGAGGGGGAAAACCAACUGCUCAGCUUUUGUCAGUGCUGUAUUCUCGUGUCUGCAUCUAGAGGGCAGGGCAGUACGUGCUCUGGGCUGGGUCCCUGUGUCAUCUGGUCUGUGGCCCCCGCUAGAGCCUCAGCAGCCCAGAUUUCUUCUUCUGGAGAUGGAUUCCCUGUUCAAGAGGCAGAGAAAGCAGCGAUGCUGUGCAAGCCCGUUCCCAUGGCUGCACAGCCAUGGGGCAAUGCUGGAGUGGCUUUUUCCAGGAGGCAGGAGCCAGCCCUUGCCUGAUCCUCCACCACAGGGGCAAAGAGGGUUUUGCUGGUGGUUAAGGGGGGUAAAAGCAGGGAUCCAAUCCAUCCAAAGUGCCCAGGUGGUUGUUGGGGAGUUUGUCUCUUUGCAUUUAAUUAGCAGCUUUGCAGGUCAGUGGCAGGGCAAAAAGCAGGGCUUGGGCCAAGCAGAGGUCUGUUAAAAGAGACAAGAAGCAGUGAAAAUUGAGGUGUUUGUUAUUAAGAUUUAUAAUCUCGAUUAUUUACAUCCAGAUCCAAGACUUCUGACCUCCAGAAGUCCCUCCCAAAGUUAAUUAUUCCCUCAUUCGGUGAUUUUUUUUGGCUAUUUGUCCCUGCACUCAAGGAAAUCAAAUGGGAAGGCUGCACAAGGAGAAGGCUGAGCCUCAUAUGUGCUUGUCACCAGUCGUCUGCAGUGAGACAAAAAUGAUUACGGGCUGUCAUCGUUCGGCCUGGGUAUGGGCUGGCUGUCCUCCAGCCACAGAUUUUUUGGCUAGUCUUAGAGUUUUUGGGAGCUGGAGAGCAUCUAAGCUCUUCUCACUAGGAGCAAGCAUGCCUGCUUUAUAAAUAUUCCUUAGCUAGCAUCUCUUUGCCUUGCAAUUUUAUGGGCAAAAUGUGUACUUUUGUCAUACAUGGGCUUAUUUUUUAAAAGCUCCAGCUCCUGGAUCCUUAUCCCUAGUUUCCUUUCUCUAUCCUUAUUCUCCUACCUUUUUCUCCCCCUUUUUGUCUGUUCCAUUUUCCCAGCCCCUUUCACCUGCUCUGACUGCUGCUGGGGCUCUUCUGUCUGGGACUGUUCCUGCCCCAGCUUGGGCUUGUUUUGCUUCUGGAUACAGAAAUAUUGUUUAGACCACUUUACAUCUCAGUGCUCUGCCAUGGGCAGGAAGGGAGGGGUAGAAGCCCCAGACAGUCCAGUCUGAGAAACAGGAAUAAUAAUGGGUGCACAGAGGUGCUCCCCAAAGUUCCAAUUUGAACUUUGUGGGCAGACCUGGAAAAAACAGACUUCUCAUUUCUCCAGAUUUCAGGUCUAGGUAGGAUGGAACCAAAGGAGAAGCAGCAUGAGGAUUUCACAGCUUUUAUGCUGCUGGGCAAAAAGUGCUCCCUGAAGUUCAGCAUUCUGGGUGAAUGGGUACCCAUCAGUGAUGACUUGUUGCAUGUCAACAAGAUGGGAAUUUCUCAACCAGCUUUGCUGACUUCACAGAGAGGUGAUGAAACCCCUGCAGGCACUUAUUGCCACUCAACUGCAGAAACAAGCACAGAGCCAGUUAGGAAAAGGAGUUUAACUGAGCUGAAAAGAGGCCUUGACCUGCAAACAACUCAGCCUGUAUUGUAUUUUACAUUCUGUGAGCAGCAUCUGGGAAGAUGGUGGGUUUGCAAACGAGUGUUUCAUCACCCUGCUCGUGAACAUGGACAUUGCAGAUGUCCUUGUCUGAGCCUGAAAAUCUCUUUGUGGGAAACAGGCACUUUGAGUGAAUCAGUCAUUGCUGACUUAGUGAAAGAAACAUUGCCCUCUUGGAAGAGCCAGUGAAGAGCCAGUGCCCAUGAAAGAGGUGCCUGUCUCACGUGGAAACCAGCCCACUUGGCAUCUGGUUUUGCCCUGGAUAGAGAGCAUUUUCCUCUUAACUUUUACAUACAAGUCAGAGCAGUUUAGACAUAGAAGCCUGAAUCUUGGCACAAAGGUUUUCACAUAAGACAGUCCAGUUAAAACACUUGGCUUUGGUGCUCACUCUGGAUGUGACAGAGGAUGUGUUCAUACCUGCAAAGGCCUCUCCUGAAUGUUUCUCUGCUUUGGAUGCACUCAUCCCACACCACCCCCAACUUUUGCUCAGGUCUGCCUUUAUAAAAGAACAUUAAUGUUCCAGAUACUCUGGAUUAAUUGGCUUUGGGGAUGUUCUUGAGAGAUGCUCAGUGGGGUUGGGUGUUGAGAUUUCCUGGCGCAGCCCUCUCCUACUCUGAGCUCAUCCCCUCCAUUGCCAAACCUGGAUUAGAAGCACCUCCAGAAGAGCUUCCAGAGGCCCAUCUCCUUGCAGCUGUCUUCUACCAAGGCUUUCUCAAUGUGUGCAUCUAGGUGAGGCUGCCAAGGAUCUUUGCAGCUGACAGGUGUUCUUUGUAAAAUGAGGUGUCUGGGGUCACAGAGCAUUUACAAAAAGCCAGUGUGCUUGGAAUGGGUAAAUUCUGGAGAAUCAUUCCUUGCAUGGCUACUUGUUUGUAGAGCAAUUGCUGACCUUGGGGAGAGAAGAGCUUUGUGAUUUAUCAGGUUUUUUUUGAGCUCUGUAGCCUUUUUUUUUUUUUUAACUAACACUAUGUUCUUGCUGCUGCUUUGUCUUGGCACAGAGAGCCUGAAAGACCUUUUGAGAGCAAACAUAUAUUUCAGCCAUACUCAUUUGAGCACACAGAGGUCUCAGCCUGUUCUCCAGACACGCUCUGGGUCAUACCCUGGUCUUAACCAGGCUUUGAGGAUGUGCAUACACAUGAAGGAUUGUGAUCAGGUGUUGGGUCACUUCGGUAAUACUAUCCAGGGGCAAGCUGGGUGGAAAUUCCAGAGGGAUCACCUCCUGUACACAUUAAAUGCUGAAGGCCUGGGCACGGAGCAGUGCUUGUCAGAGGUGUUCACUUUCCAGGGGGCUGCCAACUCAGCCUGGGGUCAUGGAGGAAGUGCCACACUGUGGAAGAGUCCAAGGCUUCUGGUCCGGGGCAGAAGUGAGAAAAGCUCCUCAGAGGAGUGAGGUUUGUGUCCAGGGCUGUGCUGGGAACUGAGUGAUCCUAACCCUGGCUAUGAACACAGACUCUCCAUCACUGGAGACUGAAACCCCUCUAUGCUACCAUGGUCAGAAGGGACUUCACCCAGAGGAGUUUCCUGGUUUUUACCUUCUCCCUCAAGCCUCUCUUCACCCUUCUGUGUUUUCAUUUUGAAAUGCAGCCCUUCCUGCAGGCUCCAGCUUGCAGUGAGCUGCAAACUCUUCUGGAAGCCCACACCAAAAAGUGUCCCUUUGGAGUGGAAGGGAUCAUUAAAAUGCCUUGUUUCUCCUCAAGGCCCGUGUUUAUAUCAAAAGCAGCCAUGUGUGAAUACUUCUGUGUGUCCAUAGGGAGUUGUUCUGUUCCUACAGGCACUUGUCCGAAGCUGGUGACUAUAAAAGUGAGGUGAAUGAAGAGGAGGGUGGGGAUGUGGUGUUCAUACUCCUGCAACGUGGCAAGAUACCCUGAUCACUCUUCUUAGCACCAUCAGCAGGAGGCAAUGACUGCUUCAGCAAGAUUGGUUUGCAUGUCUCCUUGCUCAUGCAGCUGCAGAGAUGAGCUGUUCUGGUCUCACCAGUCCUUUUUUUAAUACUGUUUGGCAGAUGGAAGAGGCUGAGAGCAGAGGGGCAGUCCACAACAUGGGGUCCCUAAUGCAGGCCCACAGAUCCAGUCCCAACCCUGCUCCUCCCCUGCCAUCUCCAGCAGACUCCCCUUCAAGGCCAAGCUCUCCUGUCACUUGUCCCUCUUUUUGCUGCUGUUCUGAGCCCAAUUUCAGCCCCCUGCACCACAUGCCAGCUCCAAGAAAUCUCUCAGGAGGAACAAGAAAAAGCUGCAUCCCAAGGAACCCACUUGUCAGAAACCUGUGUGUUGCCCC